UAGCAGAAAUCGUAACGCGUACGGUCCCAAUUACGAUCGAGGAUGCAGCGUGAUCCGAUAACAAGAUGCAGGUGCGAUCCAGCUCCUGGCAGAUCACAGUGUAUCAAUUGUUGUCGCGUCGGCCGGUUGCAGAUUCCAAUCGACGUAAGUCGGAUUUAACUGGUCGCAAAUCAUCGAUCCCGCGGCCAAAGUUUCUGCUUCCUGGAAAUGACGCGAAUGCGCAGAAACUUUGACGUCAAACGGUCUCGGUUAAGGGAUAGAACCUUUCGGCUACCAUGGAUAUUGAUCUUCCAUGGUUUCGAGGUUUCUAGAGCAGUCGACAUCGCGGCGCAGACGCUACUACUCUCAACAUGGCGGUUCACAACACACGGACUGUUUCGUGUCGCGUUUCAACGUGCUCGCCUUCCCCGAUGCUGAAAUUUACGAUGUCGAGGCAGCUGCUCGCGAAACACGAGCGUGCCGUCUAAUUCCCGGACCUGGUGGCUUCGAUCACGAUCAACAUGGCCGCCGAUGAUGCAUGUGUCGCUGCCACGUGCUUCCUGAUCGUUGCGUCGAUCGUACUUGUCAAUGGACAAAUAUUAUCUACGGAACAUCGAACAAACGCGGCUUUGGAACGAGCAAACGAUUUAUGGUGUUACCGAUGCGACACGAUGGAAGAUGAAGAGAGGUGUUCCAAUCUCACCGGAAAUUACACUUCGUUCAUACACAAGUGUACUGGUGACAAAAGGACUUGCAUGGUGAAACGAGUUUCCUAUACCACCAGCACGGAAAAUUCAACUUCCAGCCCGCAAACAUGGUACAUAGAAAGGAACUGUACCAGCAAAUGCGAUCCUGGAUGCAUAAUAAUCGGCGAACGUACCAAAUUGUACGCUUGCAUCGCUUGCUGCGAGAAAUCAUUCUGCAAUAUCGGAACAGGUGCUGCCAAUAACUUGAUGACAAAGGGAAUCGACUUGUUUCUAGCUGUAAUAUUACAAAUUAUAUUAACCGUUAUCAUGUAUCCAUCGUGA